AUUUCCUAUGCUGCCUGGUCCCUUUACGCCAUCAGAUAUCGCUCAUACGUGGUGGCUGAUUGUGGUCAUUAUACUUCUCAUCAUCGCCUUUGGUGUUUGUUCAUUCUUGGGCUUUCUGGCACCCCUUACGAGUAAAUGGCGCCGAAUUGUAUUCCCACAAACGGCCAGCACUAUUCUCAGUGUGUUAAUUUGGGUGAUUUUUGGUAAAUCAGGAAGUGUAUAUUCUGUACUUAUCUUAACGUUACCUGUUCUGGGCCCGGUCGUCGCCGCAAUUGCUCUUUGGAUUAUCGAUUGGCGUAGGGAACGGUUGAAAGACAAAAUGGUGAAAAAGGGCAAUUUUAUGGUAGAAGUUGACGGCGUAGGAGACGAUCGCCGAAUGACUGUCAGAUUUGGAGAUGACAUUGACAACAACGCUGGAUUUCUCUCGCCGAAUUCUAGCUAUUCUGAUGAAGUUCCUCGGGGCCGAGCGGUAUCGUCGUGGACUGUCGAAGGUCUGCCGGAUAGUUUCCAAACUACAUUGGAUGCUAUCAGGAACCCCCGAUUCUACUCGAUAGGCCGGGGCUAUAGCCGUGUCGAUGAUCAAGAUGACCCCGAGAGUUGGGCUAACGAGAAGAGUAGCGCUCCUGUGAAGCCGUCUAUUUCACGGUGUAGGAAAAUUGCUAGGAAGAGUCGAUCGCCAUCCGUACUGGACACUAUUGGUGAAGGCGAAGUGUAUAAGAAUGAGCAUGUCCCCCUCGGUGAUGGAUACUGGUUGGGAGUUAAUGUCGGAUCAGCACCCGAGUAUGAGAUCAACUUCACUGUGCAUCAGAAAGAGCUGUGACUCCUUAUGGGACUUAUGUUAGUCAGAAAUAGGAAAAUUAUAUUCUCUUGAAGAUUUCAAUCUUUGCCUUUCCGGCCCUUGUAAUUAUCGAUUUACUAUGUUGUUACCAUUGAUUGUUUGCCAAAGUGGGCGGCUC